UGUCCACAAAAUCAAGUCAUACAAGUACCGUAAGCAUAGCUGGUGAUUUAAACAUAAAACAAACGUACGCAUUAUUUUACCGAAGAAAUAGCGAGGAAAAAAGUAAAAGCUCAAAGGUCUAACUAUCAUCCGGGACUUGGCGGAGGAAUUCAGUCGACUUUUCCAGACGUCGGUCAGAAGAGGCUAAAGCACCGUCUUAGUCUAAAUCCGCACCGCUUGAUUAUUUCCUCCAGAUCUCUAGGCUUUGUAGGUCGUGUUUGGGUUUUUCUCGUUGUCUUUGCAUUUAUUUAGAUGGCAAGCUUUCCAGACUCUGUCAACGAAAAUGAUUUAGGUAAGGCUAAGUUCAUCGGUGAACUCCAGGUGCCUGUUGCUCCCUUUGACCAGAAGUCUGGGCGUGAGGCUUGGACAGUAGCCUUCGCACCAAAUGGUUCCUACAUUGCUUGGUCUCAGGGGCGCCGCAUUGUCAAGCUCAUUCCCUGGACAAAAUGUCUGAAGAGCUUUUCAGCGGGCAAUUCUGGCGUGGGCACCAAUGCCUCGAGCCCACGGCGUAUUUCCCGUCAGAACAGCGAUGGUGGACAGGUAAUCCCAGUGUCUUGUGAACCCUGCGAACACACCAUUGACUGUGGUGACAUCGUUUGGGGCUUGGCCUUCGGUUCCUCAGUGCCAGAAAAGCAGAGUCGCUGUGUUAACAUUGAGUGGCACCGCUUCAAAUUUGGCCAGGACCAGCUGCUACUGGCAACAGGCCUUAACAAUGGUCGCAUCAAGAUCUGGGAUGUUUACACUGGAAAACUGUUGCUGAAUCUGAUGGACCACACUGAUGUAGUGCGAGACUUGACCUUUGCUCCUGAUGGCAGCCUCAUGUUGGUUUCUGCAUCCAGAGAUAAGACCCUGCGAGUGUGGGACCUUAAAGAUGAUGGUAACAUGGUGAAGGUUUUGCGGGGGCAUCAGAACUGGGUGUACUGCAGCGCCUUCACCCCCGACUCCUCCAUCUUGUGCUCUGUUGGCGCCGGCAAAGCAGUGUUUCUAUGGAACAUGGAUAAGUACACAUUGAUCGGGAAGCUGGAGGGGCACCACAAUGACGUGGUGUCUUGUGAAUUUUCACCAGAUGGGGCACUUUUGGCCACUGCCUCUCACGACACCCGGGUCAUUGUAUGGGACCACCACAAAGCCACCAUCCUGCUGGAACUGGGUCAUCUCUUCCCUCCUCCAUCACCCAUUUUUGCUGGAGGAUCAAAUGACCGCUGGGUUCGCAGUGUGAGCUUCUGCCCUGAUGGGCGACACAUCGCCAGCAUCACUGAUGACCGACUGGUUCGUUUCUGGAACAUUGAGGAAAGAGCCCCUGAAGCCAUCGCCCCUCUCUCAAACGGCCUCAGCUGUGCCUUCUCUACUGACGGAAGUGUCCUUGCUGCAGGGACUCGUGAUGGUAGUAUGCGUUUCUGGGAGUGUCCUCGUAGUGUCACCAGUCUGCAGCACAUAUGCAGGAUGGCCCUGCGCCGAGUGAUGACCACCCAGCAGGUGGAGUCCCUUGCCAUUCCAACACCGCUCCGCGACUACCUGACGUACAGAGUCAUCUAACUUAUUCACCUGACAACCCCAGCGCCUGCUGGACCCAACUGCACAUGCCGCAGCAGCAAUACGCUGAAAAAAAAAAAGAACCAGUGAAUCCACAGAAUGGCGUUCCGUGGAACUUUGUCAAACACAUGGUUGUGUUAUCCACAUCCACUUACAGCUGGAUAUUGUGUUGUUUCAAACAUAUUUAUUUUUGUACGUGAUAAAAUUGCAUAAGUGUCCUGGGGCCACUGCUUCAUUCAUACCUGUAAGGUCACCUUUGUCUUAUCACUUGUAAGUGUUCAGCUCCAGUUCUUCACCAGGUUCACUAAACACUUCAUGUUCAUGUGAGGAGCUUUGCAAUGGUGAUUGCUCUCAAUGUUGGGUUUCCUGUUGGCUCGUGGGUGAGCUCAAGGGACGAAAACGUGGGCUCUUUAAAGGAUACAGGGUUUUAAGGCCAGCUGUCUCUCAUUACUGGAAUGGCUGGUGCUGUUUAUUAUCAUUGGCAUGUCAUAAAAGACAAAAACAAAUUCUAGCAUUUAUAGCGCUUUAAUUUAAAAACAGUAUUUACACCACCAUGGCACUACUCCGUAAAACCUAGACUUUUUGUGUGAAUAAGCAGCAGUUUGUAUUUCUAAUACAAAGACAUUUCUCAGAACAAUCUGUCAUUAUUGAUCCAGUUCAGCAGUGGCAAUAAUGUUUCACCUUUUAGAGCCAACAAUUCCUCCAUGUCAGUCAACCAGUGCAUAGUAGCUCAGAGGAGGUUAUAUAACGGGAUCAAUGUAUAACUCAGCCAAUCAAAAACAAGACAUUUAAGUAAAUAAAUGCCAAAGAUGUUUUUUUCCUGAAAGUGUCUUACCUCUAGAGUUUGCCAGCCAGAGUUUCAUUUUUAAUUAAUUAAUUAUUUUUUUGGAAAAAGGAAUUAUGAAGUCCAGCAGAAUUUAUUGGGUAACACUAAUAAGACUCUGAAGAUUGACAUUGACAAAGGUGAACUUUGUUGAUUUGCAGGAAAACUCCACAGGUUCCUCUUCAAAUUCAAAAACAAACACUGCGUGAUGUUUGCUACCAAACCUCCAGUCAGUCGGGCCUCACCCGUGACGUAAAAGUGUAGCUCACCCACAGUCCACUCAAAAGAACUGGCAACAGAAUGUUUGACUUUCCUGCCUCGCAGUAAAAAGCUUUUUUAGCCCAGUGUUGAUUGACCUGUACACUAAAAAGCCUGUAGAAAAACCUGUAUACAAAUUUCCAUGUAAUAUGUAUGUAUAUACAAAAUUGUAUCAUGUCUUUAGAUCUGUUGGGGAUUUUUUUUCACCUUAUUUUUGUCAUUUAUAUCCAUUGUUUUGUGUAAAUUUGUAUUUUUGUAUUUCAUUCUCCUCAUAAUGUGAACAUGUCUGCAUUGCUACAUAUCUUACUGCCCAGCAGGGUGUCGUUACAUUCAUGUGGGUCACAGUGCUGCUUUGCCCUGUCUGCGUAUUCUCCUGUUUUCUUUUUUUUUUUUUUUCUGUAUGAACGUAUUCAUUAGCAACCAACCAAUCAGCUGCGAGCUGUGCACGUGCUGCUGUUAGAUACCUUAACUGUUCACUGAAAUAUAUGCACAAUUAUUUUGUAAGAAGCAGCAUUUUUCAAAUCUUAUAUUUCUUGAUUGUCGUUCAAGGGAAAGUGAGCGCCAAGUGUCGUCUGUAAGAAGGUGGCUACAGAGCAGCUGUCAAUCAUUCUUAGCAAUAAGUUCACUGACAGUGAGUGUUAAAGCCAAAGGUUUUCUUUGCAGAUAGUGUACAUGUAAAUGGGCGGAUUGUUUGUUUGUUUGUUUUUUUUCACUUCCUGCUAAGACACGGACAGUGUCUCAUGAAUGGGCUACGGUGUUAAAUCUACACAGUUAAGUUAAAGAUUGGUUUACAUGAUUUGGGAUUGUGUACCUGAAACUGUCUUGAUUGGACAAACACAGUUCUGCCUCAGUGAGAUGCAGUAAGAAGUGGUGAGUGCAUAUGAAUGUAUUUACUUCUUGCAUUUCUAUUUUAUUUUAUUUUAUUUUAUUUUAUUUUGGGUGUGUGUAGUUUAAAUAAAGGCUUUUUGGAAAUAAAUAAA